CUAAUGUUUACAUUAAAUUAGUUCAAUUAGCUUCUGCAAUACAUCAUAUUUCAAUAAGGCCAGAAUAUAGUGAAUUUCAAAAUAUUUGUGUUAAAUUUACAACUGCAGAUGAGAUGAAUUUGACUUUGAGAUUUUUAAACUAG